GGCGCCCCUACAUUAACAUCCAGAAACCAGAUAACAGUGGAGGGCGAGGGUGAAUCCACAUUCCACAGACCACCCACCCUAUUGACUAGUGGAGACAGGAUACUGACUGGUGCCGAUAUUUUUGUUGGUUUUUAAUUUUGAUACUUGUUUUCAAUAAUAUAACGAUUAUUGGUUUGUGUACAUAGUUGUUCCUGCUCAAGUAGGGUAAUUUUUCAGCCAAAAUGAACAAGCAAUAUUCUUGUAUCAUUUUUUGUAAUGAAUCUGAUGUGAAUGAAGAGUCAGUAGCUGAAGUCCCUAUCACAUGGCUAGAUGAGACAAAUACUAUUUGUAAAUGGCCUCCUUCCCCUGCCCUGGUUUCUUUAUAUAUAAAUAGAUAUAAGACACCCAUGGAUAAUUGGAUCUCCUACAAUGUUAAAGUAACUGCUACUUUUGCAACACUUGAAGAAGCCCGUAAUUUCAAUAAGGGUGAAAGUAAUGUCAGUUGCAGUGGGCGUAGAUUGGUGAAAUCACCAGACAUUUAUAGCCCAGAUGAAUUUUUGGAACCUAGGAAAGUUAAAAGACCAACUCUACCGCCCAAUAUUGACCAUAGUAAUAUUAGACCCUUAGUGCAAUCAUACAAUGAAGAUUCUCCAGAGAACUAUCCAGAUAAGGUGUAUACGGUGCUUCAAGGUCCAAACCGCGAAUGUAUUGAAAGUGAGGAUGAUAUAAGUGAAGCUUCAGGAUACAAUUCUGAGCCCAUCAGUUAUCCAUCCAUGGAAUCAGGCCCACAUGUGGCAUCAGUCAGUGCCCCUGCUGAUAUUUCCAAAGAAACACGCCCACAUGUGGCAUCAGUCAGGGCCCCUGAUAUUCCGAAAGAAACAGCAGAAUCCUGUUUGAAUGACAGGAUAAUAAAUCUAUUACUAGAUAUUAAACUGGAAAUCGGUACUUUAACGAACAAACUAACGGAACAAGGACUGUUAAAUGUAGAGAGUGACCCAAUAUUGGAAACUUUACCUCUGAAAAAUCUAGAGGAUUUUCGAAGUCUCGAAGGAAAAGUUAAUACAGACCCAAUAUUGAAGAAGAAACUGUACAAAACCUAUGAGUCAAUAGGCGGAAAUGGCAGUAGAGAUUUUGUGAUAAGGUGUUUGAAGAGGUCAUUCACAAAUGAAAUGGCUGAGCUUUGCUCAUGGACAGGUCAGAAGGACAAUUAUAAAGUAGCUGAUAGCCCAGUUUUGAAACUACUAUACAUGGCAGUUAAGAAGACAACUGGGGUGUCAGAAAAAGAUUUCGAAAUCUGUGUCAAGGACUGGCUGCGACAUGCAAAACAAAGGAAAGAGAGAAUGUUGAAAAAAAACAAUGAAUAGUGUUUGUUAUUAGUUUUUUUAUUUUUUUAGACAGAAUUGUUGUUUUAUUUCAAAAUAAAUUUUUAUUUUCAUGUUUCAUCGAAAAUGAUCGUUUUGUUAUUAUCAUGAUCAUCUGGUCUGGUAACAUGUUUUAUUGUUGAACAUUAAUUUUGAUAUUGGCCUGAAAGAAUAAGGUUUAUUCUGGUAGAUUCAAUAUUCUGAAGUUUUGUUGCAAAAAGAGUGUUACUAACAUGAUUGUGCUGUCAACCUUUCAAAAAUGAAAGUAAACACAUAUAGCUCAGCUAUGGCUCCCUGAUAUUCAGCAUGUCUCACUAUAACGCCUCCCCCCCCACAUAUAUCAGCUAUUAGUUCGUGCGAUUACUACCAAAUUUGGACUAGUAUGAAUAACCAUCAAUACGAUGAUCGUAUUGAUUUUUAUUCAUACCAGUCCAAAUUUGGUUAAAAUCGCACAACUAAUAGCUGGGAUAUAAGUGGGCGGGGUGGGGGGGGGGGUUAAGGUGAGUCAUGCUGUAUAAACCGAGUCAGCAGCAGUCCCCAGUCCUUUUAUUGAAUUUUGAUACCCAUAAAGAGGUCUAAUAUGAGUUCCAAAGGGAUUUCAAAAGUAAGUAUUUUUUCAAUAUCACAUAGCAUGCCAAAAGCGAAAUUUUAGUUAGAUUAUAAUUGAAUCUAUCAUUGAGGUUAGUAUGUGCACUUCAUGUGAGGUGAAAAAAGAAUGAUAUUGCAAAGUCUCCAAGAAAAAUCUCAUUCAAAGACUGAAUGUAGAUAUAGAUUUCACUACUGAAGUUGAUAUUUGAAUAAUAACACAGAAAUGAUGUCUUAUUGAAAUCAUAACUGAAUCUCCUAUUUAAAUGGAUACUAUGUUCUCUAUGUGUGCGAAAAAGGGAAUAGAAUAAAGAUGUCUCGAGAAAACCUCCCAUGAAACUACUCGAUGUGGUUAUUAAAAAAACAUUUAUUGACUCGAAAAUGUCCACAAAGUGACAACAGAUGGAUGUUUUAUUGAAGCUAUUUUUCCAAAUCUCGUUUUGAUCAACACAAUGAUAUGAAAUGCGCACUUGAUGUCGCGGACAUUUCGCAGCAAAUGCGAGCGGGAGGCAAUGUUUUUGGUAUAUCGCAUGCGAAGUUUUAAUCACAAAGUUACUUCCAUAGUACUUCACAGUUACUUCCUUGUGUUUGCUGGGUUGAAAAUAUACAA